CAAAAAUGGCGAAGAUGACAUUAUUAUCGCUAGUUAGCAAUCUAGUUUAUUAUAUAUAAUAUCUGUGUCUGAUUAUCACACGACCGUAGAAUAGUUAUUAGUAGCAAUUGCGGUAGCACCACGAUCAUCGGCAGUCGAACGGUAUAUUUUACAGAAAAGAUUUUUUUUUUUUAUAAUAGCGUGCGAAGAAAAAACAUGUUACCAUUGAAAAUUCGGACCUCGCCGUUGUUCGGUGACGUCUCCAAUUUGUCUCUAGAAUCGGUCACUAUGCUGUUUUCGCUGUCCAUUUCGAUUUCGGCUUUUUUGCAAAACAACUUGCUCUUGAGAAAAGCCUGUAACCCAAUGGAACCCUUUGGCGAAUGCGUCAACAGCGAAAAGUCAGCCCAACACGUCGUUUCCAUCAUUCAAUCGUGGAAAGCGUUGUUUCAGUACACCAUUCCCAUCGUUUUUAUUAUACUGGCAGGACCAUGGAGUGACAGCCACGGGAAGCGAAGAAAACCAUUGAUAUUUCUACCGAUUGUCGGUCAGAUCCUGACUGACGCUUUUUGUAUUAUGAAUGCCUAUUUCUGGUCAUGGCCACCGCAGGUCGCCGCUGUUUUCGAAGCAGUCACCCCAGGGUUGUUUGGCUCCAAGAUCUUGUUUUGGGUGGGCAUGAUAUCCUACGUUUCCGACAACACAGACGCAGAGUUAAGAACUCUGCGGUUUGGAGUGCUCAACGCGACUUCCAGCAUAAGCGCGCUAAUCGGCACCGGCUUAUCGGGCAUCUUGAACGUCAAGUUGGGGUUCUUCGGAGCGUUCGCAGUGACCGUUGUGUUGAACUCUGUAGCUCUUGCAAUCGGUUAUUGGGCCUUUGAAGACACGUCGGUGCCUUACGAGAAAAAUAACCAUUGGUUUAAGCCGCAAUAUCUUUUUAAGGGCUAUUUAUCUAUAUUCAAAGGCAAAGUGAAGCAUUACGCUAUAACGCUGCUAGUAUUACUGGUAUGUCAGUCAGUGUUAGUUGGACGAUUUUUAGGGGAGUACGCCGUAAUGUAUUUGUUCGUAAGAUACCAAUUUGGAUGGCAGGAAAUGGAGUACAGUUAUUUUGCAGCCUAUAAAAUGAUGACAAUAAUUUUUGGUACGUUAUUCGCUGUUUCUACGUUAAGCCACCACUUGAAAAUAAACGAUGUGGUUAUUGGUGUUAUAGCUGGUAUCUUUGACAUUUUUGCUGCGUUUGGCUACGUACUAAUUGACCAGCCCUGGCAAAUGUACAUCAUUCCGGUAAUUGACUUUUUUCACGGAACCGCAAUUACUAUAAUUAUUUCGUUGACUUCCAAAAUGGUGGAAAAAGAAGAAUUAGGUCGAAUGAACUCAGCCCAAGGUCUAUUCAACACUGUACUGUCGUUGGUUAUAGUAGCUUUUUACAAUGCUACGUACCAUUUCACAUUUGAAUAUUUAACCGGAGCAGUAUUCCUAUUGAGCAUUAUUUUGACGGCGCCUAUUUUAGUCGUCUUACUAAUUAUGUAUUACAAAUGCAGACAUUUAUGGGCAUCUGAUAGUUAUAAUAUAGCUGUCAGGUGAUCUGUUAAGUCCUACACGACGUCAUGACAGUUUUUUGAUAUACUUGUCAAAUUGUAUAUUAUUGUAUACACAUUUUGUUGCAAAAUGAACGUCAAAUAUUAUUUGGAUGAUUUUCGGAUACAUCCACGUCAAUAGUUACAGGCCGACGUUUCGGACUCAUUGUAGUGUCCAUCUUCAGGUUUUCGACUGUCUCGACCAUAAGUAUGGUCACGGCAGCUGAACAGUCGAGACCAUUAUCGCCCUAAAGAUGGACACUGCAAUGAGUCCGAAACGUCGGUCUAUAACUAUUGACGUGGAUGUAUCCGAAAAUCAUCCAAAUAAUGUAUCAGUCCACGAAAGCAUUAACGCAUUCAUAAUGUCAAAUAUUGUUAAUAACGUAUAUGAACUAUUAAAUUAUUAUAAUGUAAAAAUAUAUAGUUUGUAUUUUAGCGUGGAACAUACUUUAGCUUCAGUAGCCACCAGACUAAAGCAUGUUCCAUGGUUCGUAAUUUUAGCCGUUAGGCUUUAAGUAGACUGUAACAUUUUAAUUUUGUACUCAAUUUAUUACACUGUUUGUCAAAUGUUCUCUUUUUACUAGGAACAAAUGCUAAAAUAUCAGCAUUAUAUCGAAGAAUUUGUAUCUUU